AAUACGUGGAAUUCGUUGGUGGUGUCAUCAGUUGCACUAGAACAACUUGAAGUAGUUAAUCCUUAGCUCAAACAAUAACUAAAAAUAUCAUAAUGUUCAAAUUCCUCGCCAUCUGUUUGUUCGCCAUGUUCGCUUGCGUUGCUGCCAAGCCGGCGGUUAUUGCCGCACCAGUAGCCUAUACUGCCGCUUAUUCCGCUCCGGUAGUGGCCGCCUCCCCCUACACUGCUGCUUACACGGCCGCCUAUACUUCGCCCUACGCCGCCGCCUACUCCUAUCCCUAUGCUGCAUACAGUUAUCCUUACGCCACCGCUUUCCUGCGUUAGGAGACUUCUCGACAGCGCAAUAAUUGACGAAUUCUCUGGACAAACGAUUGCUGAUAUGAAUAUUGUUUAUUGACUUAUUUGCUUACAUACAUUCAUACCAUAUAUGUUAUGUUAUUUUGUUGAAUUUUUAACUAUAAUUAUUGUCUACUAUUCCCGAUUUUACGCUAUAUAGAGAAGAGUUUUUAGUUAACACUAUCAUUUUCACCUUUAAAUCUUAUCGUUGUUUACCUUUGACUUUCGCUUCUCUUUUAUGUUGUUACAUAAAAUAAU